UUCACUGCAAAUGGUUUAACAGUUGUAUCAUGCUGAAUUAUUUCGUUUUUAGCAACUCUUACAAUAUUAAGCUGAUGAAUGAUCAAGAAAUAUGGCAAUAGUUGGUGAUUCUUUAUAUGACAACAAAAAUCGAGCUAAAAAAAUAUUUAUGAAAUGGUUCUAAGGAUUGCAUUCCUCCAAUGUGUUAAAAGACAAAUGGGAUGGGUUUCGUGUCCUUGGAAAUCCACUUUGCAAGGUUUUCCUUCGUAUAUGGUUCUUGAUUCUUGAAAAGUUGGUAAUGGGACGUUGACUCAAUUUGGGAUAAGACUUUAUUUGAAUGAUAGAUUAUCAAAUAAUCUCACAACUCUAUUAGCUUCUCUUAUCAGUAACAUCAUUCUUUCCAGGUUUUAGAUACUCAGAUAUGGAUAGGUUCCUCUACGUUUUUCACUCGUAAAUCCUUUUCUCCUAACUCAAUUAUAUGCAACCACUCACGAGCCUUCCUUUGGCUUUGGUAUCUUUUUCCUUGAAAGUGAAGUUCCGUCUAAAAUCAAGUAACUUGGGAGACCUUACAACACCAACCUGUUACAACGGAGAAGACCAAAAUCUAUAUUUUCAGAUUCAUGCAUCAUAUGCAAGAAGAACAGUGAGGUCCACAGUCAAUUAUUUCUGCUUUGCACUUUUGCCAGAGGACUAAAUUCAGUUGAGAUGAAUUCAUCCACUCCACAGUCCGAUGACCUCCUUAAUCAAGCACCUCGUUUGAGCUCUAUGAAUGAUGUCGGAAAGGCAAAAAGUGUGGCGUCAGAUCCUCAGUUUGAGAAACGGUUGCAAGCAGUAAAAAGGUUGGCACUAAAGCAGAAAAAAGCAGAGGAAGAGAAAGCAUACGGAGCAAUUGACUAUGAUGCUCCGGUUGAGUCCGAAAGUACUACAAUCGGACUGGGUACCAAGAUUGGAGUUGGAGCAGCUGUUAUUGUAUUUGGACUUGUAUUUGCACUUGGUGACUUUCUUCCUUCUGGAAGUGUUAGUCCCACUGAGGAGAUUGCCAGCACUGAUAAGAGAAUUGCUGAAGAUGAGAAAGCUAACCUCCUGAAGACGCUUCAGCAAAUUGAGGCAACACUGGCUUCAUCACCAGAGGAUUCAGUCUCCCUUGAAGGAGCUGCUGUGACCUUAGCACAACUGGGGGAGUACAAUCGAGCCUCUUCCCUUCUUGAGGAUUUGAUUAAGAAGAAACCGAAUGACCCUGAUGUCUACCGUUUGCUUGGAGAAGUCAAAUAUGAACUGAAGGAUUAUGAAGGAAGUGCUGCUGCUUUUAGGAUGUCUGCCAUGGUCUCCGGAACUAUUGAUUUUGAAGUUCUACGUGGCCUUACAAAUGCACUGAUAGCUGCAAAGAAACCAGAUGAGGCUGUUCAAAUGCUUUUGGCAUCUCGCAAACGUCUAAAUGAAGAAAAAACUAUCGGUAGCAGUGAUGGAACCGAGAAGAGUGCAGUGAAAUCAAAGUCAGAUGAUGACCCAAUUCAAGUUGACCUGCUUCUUGGAAAAUCAUACUCAGAAUGGGGCCGUGUCAGCGAUGCGGUGUCUGUAUAUAAUCAACUCAUUUCUACCUAUCCUGAUGACUUUAGGGGUUACUUAGCAAAGGGUAUUAUUUUGAAAGAGAACGGAAAUGUUGGUGAUGCUGAGAGAAUGUUUAUACAAGCAAGAUUCUUUGCACCAGAGAAUGCGAAGGCGCUUGUUGAUAAGUAUUCAAAGUGAUUACCGUUGAAUUGACCUUUGAUAUCCUGGCUGUUGGACUAUUUGAGAUGGCUCGAACAGUAGCUUGAAUUGUCCAACACCAGAGAAAGGUUAGUAGGCCAAGAAUUUGUGAACUGUGAGAUUCUUCGGCAACUGAGAAGUAGUAACUGGAUGGCAGUUUUCGCAUCUGCUUCAGUAAUUGCUGGGUACGCUACUGGAAUUGUAUAUUCAAGAUGUACUACUUGUGUACACAUAGGACAUUUCUGUUUGAAUAAUGUGGACGAUGAUCGAAAGGCUCUGUUUGACAUUCGGUGUUCACUGAGCCAAAAUCCUGCGGGGAUCCAAUGAAGGAAACAGAGCCAUCUACCCAAUCAGAUUGAAUUAAGGGAAAGCAGUAAUAGAAAGCAUUACCUGUUUGGCUUGGCAUACCCGUAUCAUCGAUCAAGAAUAAGCUGGUCAAUGACUAGUGUGCAGUAUGGUUAACCUAUAAGCCUCGAAGUUAUCUGGGCGUGGACAGAUAACUAUUCAAUAAUUUCCUUUAACUACUUUAUUAUAUAUAUACUAUUCUGUUUCAAUUGCAGAGCCAUUUGGGAACUGCCAUUGGUAGCUUGAUACCAAAAAUAAUGCAAUUUAAUUCUUUUAUUGAGCGCUAUCUGAUGAUUUUGGGAAUGGAUAGUUGAUGUGAUCGGAUCAUAUCCAUAAUUUGACGAAUUAUACUCUCUUAGCACGCAUUUAUGCGGAUUGUACGUGAUUGCUGUGUGCCUCAUUGACAACCAAGGAGUUGGACUUUGUGCUCU